AUGAAAACUUUCAGUGGUAAUGUACCUCAAGCCUCCUUCAGCGUUUCUGAUGUUGCUUGGGUCAAGGAUGACUUGUUUAAGGUUACCAUUAAUUUUGAAACUAUCGAAUCGGCUAAGCUUUUCGCUAAGUUCCAAGAUGAAUUAAGUGAUCUCAAGCUUGAAAACACUGGAGUUGAAGACGAAAUACUUAUGUGGGACGGUAGUUCUCACAGUAAGAUCGAUAACUUCUCCAAAUGGUCCUCUACAGUUUUAGUCAAAGCAUCCAAGCACAAUGACCUUUACUGUCUUCCAGAUGACUUUGCCAUCAAGUUUAACUGGAAUGCCAGGGACACUAGCGAAUUACAUGCCCAAUGGAGCAAGUACUUCGACACCACAUACGAAUAUACCUUAUCAAAGGAUUUCGGAACUUCUUUAACUUCGACAAAGAACAUUAAGAUCGAAAGAAGAUGUAUGGAAUCCUCAUCAAACAGCACCUCAAUUGCUGAUGCCAACUAUGAUGUUGGAGUUUUGGAACAAUGGCAAGCCAGUUCCAAUGUGCUUCCAAACUUCUGUUGGACUAAGCAUUGCUCCGCUUAA